ACUCCGAACACAAGCUGCUUCGGUUUCGGUUUAUUUUCCGUUUCUACAGAAGUUCAGUUUCAGUAAGUUCAGUCAUAGUCAGACAGAACGUGAGUGAGUGUCUUAAAAGAAAUCGUACGUGCGUCGCUGCCGAGAGUUUUAUCGAAUUUUCCCAGUUAGUUGUCAAACUCAACACAAACACACUGUGUUUUGAUGCAUAAAUAAACAACGGUAUUUUCAUUAUUUAUUUCAGGUGCAAAUAGAGAAUAUUGUAAAUUUAACGGUGUUCCAAUCCAACCCAAUUUUAAAUUAGGGUACGACGAUACUAGAAAAUAAAAAUAAAUAUCCUGCUGGGAAUUUCAAUUUUAGACUUACAAACCUUGUGGGGUUUCUUUCCUCACAUCCUUGUCCUGAAUUCCCAAUACGAGGAGGUAAUUUGUGUCUUUUACGUCGCAGACAAGAAAAAUAAAAAACAAAAACGGAAUUGAAAAAUUGUUACCGUUAUCGUACCGUUAGUCGUUGUCGUCAUCGUCAUCGUAGUUGAAGUCCGAAAAAAAGUUAUUACCUUCGAAACGUCACCGAGCACGACUUCUCUCAGAAAAUAAAUAAAUAAUUCAAUGCGGGUGUUCCCUUAGAUAAAAAUCCAUCAAGUUUCUUCCGAGUGCUAAAUGUCAGCUGGUGCGUUCCAGCAGAAGUGCAAGCGAGAGCGAGAGUGAAAAAAAGUGCUUGUUUUUUUUUUUAAUUUUUAGUUCCUUUUUUCGGUUGUUUUUGGGUUCUCUAUCGUGAACGUGAAGGAUUUAUUUGUUUAGCACAGGAAUUCCCGUAAGCUUAAGGCAAGCAAAGGCACCAUCAUCAUCAUGGAGGUGUGCUGUUUAAAAAUGGCAUCGCGGUGCAAGCCAUCUCGACCGGUACUAAUGGAUGUAUCGAGAAUACCUGCGGUCAGUUCGUCACAUGAUUGCGGUUCACUGUCAAGAGUAGUGAUGGUCCGGAAAACUGAUCAGCGCCUGAUUAACCAUAAGAAACCUCAUAGUGAACCACAAUGCGAAGUUGUUACAUUCGAGACAAUCCAAACCUACAAAGGACACAAACCAGACCGCACAGUUAUAACAAAAGAACGCCGUGAUUUCAAUUCCACCACAGAUAUCCGCAAAUCGCCCAGCGUGGUGCGAUUAAUGCGGCGAAGUGUAACACCACACAGCGAAGGUCAAUCCCUAACGGUGUCCACAAAUGAUGUGUGCUUCAAUGAACGCCGAUCAGUGUCUUUUAGCAAUGGAACAAGCAAAUCACAGUUAAGCCUACGACAGAAAUCGCCAUCACCGUUACACAUGAAACGUGGCUACGGCGAAUUUGAAUUGGACUGUUUGCGGGCACACAACGAAUAUCGGAUAAAACAUGGCGUUCCGGCGUUGAAGCUCAACACAAGGCUUUGUAAAUUCGCCGAAGAAUGGGCUAUGAAUUUGGCGAAUAGAGCAAAUCCAACACAUCGUAGCAAUUCGCCGUAUGGCGAAAAUAUCUUUUGCAGUUGGAGUUCGGCUCCGAAUGGUGCAAUUGUUGAUGGGCGGGAACCAGUUGAACAUUGGUACCAAGAAGGAGAAAAUCACAUCUUUGGAAAGGAGCCGGCAACUCUUCGAACGGGUCACUUUACGCAGGUCGUAUGGAAGGACAGUCGAGAGUUGGGUGUCGGACAGGCACGAAGCAAGUCAGGUCAGGUGGUUGUAGUGUGUAACUAUGAUCCGCCGGGAAAUUUCAUUGGCAGUUUCGCCGAGAAUGUUUCACCAAUCGGAGGCUUCCCAUUGACACCGAAGAUAAUUGUGGACAAAAUCUCGGAAUCUACAGACACCUCAUUGUCAUCGAGUGGUUAUAGCGAUGAGAUGAGUGACUUUGUGGUAAAAGUGCUAAGGUUUCACAAUAUCUACAGAAAGAGACAUGGUGUUCCAAUGUUGAAAAUAAAUCACGAUCUGUGCCAACUAUCGCAAGACUGGGCGGAGACUUUAGCACGUGAAGACCGUUUUGCAUACCGUCCCCAUUGUACGCACGGCGAAAAUAUCUACUGCCUCUGGUCGUCAGAUCGCAAUGCUAAAGCCAGUCCCAAGGAUGUCUGUCGUUCAUGGUACGAAGAGCACAAGGACCACAAUUACAUGGUCGAGCCUAAAGGGGUAUUCCGUGCUGGUCACUUCACCCAAAUGGUCUGGAAGUCAACAACUGAAUUAGGUGUUGGUGUUGCGAAGACUCGCAAAGGCAAAGUUGUGGUUGUUUGUAAUUACAGUCCUCGAGGGAAUAUUGUUGGAGAUUUCCUGGCAAAUGUCUUACGACCUCAUUAAUGUAGAGAGGUCAACUGGUCAAAAGGACUGUUGGAUUAAUGAAAUGAGUUUAUAUAUAUUUUUAUUUUUGUGUUAUUUUUAAUUAUUUUGUUUUAUGUUUUUUCUAGUACGUAGGUUAAGUGAACUGGCGUGCCUGGGUAAAAAUAUUAAUUGAAUUUUAAACGGGUAUGCAUCAAAUUGAAGGCUGAAAGUUUAUGUUUUUGUUUUAUUUUUUCCUGCUCAAUUAAGGAAGAGCGUAUUUUUGUGUCUAUAAAUAAUGGCCGAUAGAAAAACACAUUUGUUUUGGGGGUAAAUCGAAAGAAAAUGAAAAGAAUUUGUAAAUUUUUCUAAUUAUGUAUUUUUUCUAAAGAAAAAUGUCUUUUAUUCAAAAAUUUUCAAUUUGUUAUUUAAAGAAAAAACAAUUAAGAAGUGAUCUUUUGUUUAGGAUGGUUUUUAUUAUUUUAUUUUAAUUUUUUGAACUUUCUUUAUAAAAAAAUAAAAUCAUCUUUUAACCUACCGUCCAUCAAAUAUGAUGCCUUAUCUACACAUAAUGUAGAUAGCUUUUUAUGAAUAAAAUUUUAAGUUUUAAAAUGAAUCGUCUUUUAUGUUAUUAUUUGUUCAGUUUUAUUUGAAAAAGUGCAAUGAAAAGCUUGAACUUUUUUUCUCUUCAAGUCCUUAAAGAUUUGAACAAAAUUAUUGUUUAUUAAAACGUAUACAUAAUGGGUUCUCAGGACUAUGACUUGCUUUGAAAAUUGUGUUUGCUAAGUUGUAUUCAUAAGAUCCAUCAUUGUAUUAGAAAAAAAAACUUUCUUUCGAAGCACGAAGUUGUGAGCAAAUGCUUCAUUUCAUUCAUAUGACUCAUUGUACUAAAAAAAUCUUCUUCAAAAUAUGAUACAAAAUAUAGUUAUGGCUGGUUUUGCAUUUAACUCAAAUGAGUCUUUUUAUUAUAAACAAAGAACAUGCUACGAAACGGAAGUUUUAAGCACAUGAUUCACUUAUAUUUAUUUAUAUGAACCAUUCUGUUAGAAAAAUAACUUUCUAUAUAAAACUGAGUAUUGAGAUUAUCCGCUAAUUUAAUCAUAUGAGCUAUUUAUAUUAGAAAAAAAAGCCUCCUUAAAAAAAGAAGUUCGAGCAAAUACUUCAAUAUUAUUCAUAUGAAAUAUAAACACUUGGAUCUCACUAAAAUAAGAGAUUACACUCAAAUUACAUCAAAUAAAAGUUUUUCGAAGGGUUUUGAUAGCUCUAGUUUGAAACCGACCUUAAAAUUAAUCUAUCACAUCAGGUUUUUCAGAUACAACCUUUUAUAUUUUGAAAAAAAUAUAUUUGGUUUUUAAGGCCAUUUGAAUUCAUGAUGAAGUUUUUUUCACUUAAUUUCGUGAUUGUUUUUCAAAUCUUAUUUCAAUAUUGCCUUAAAAAAUGUGCAGUAUCUUACUUCUUUUUCAAAAAAUUGUAAUAAGUUGCAAGUCUUCAUCUACGAUACAUUAAUUUAAAAAUAACUCUCAAGCAUUUUUGGUAAACGAUUUAUUUUUUUUAUUUUAUUUAUUUAUUUCGAUAUGGCUAUACACAUUAAGAUAUAAUAUCUUAUAAACCAGUGAUAACCUAUUAAGUUUAACAAUGAAAGCAGUGAAAUAAAAAAAGAAGAAAAAAGAAAGAUAAAGUUGUAGGCAAAAAUUAUACAAUAUUUAUAAUAAAAUUUAAUGAUUGUUUAGAUAUAAAAGGAUUGUUAAUGGAAAAAAGCGAAACGUAUAAAAGCAAUGUUUGAUCUUAUUACGAAUUCGUCUUGAGGUUAUAUUAAUAAUUAUUUAAAGCACAUUAAAAAAACAAAUAUAAAAAUAAUUUUGGAACGAAUAUUUCCAAGUCCGAGCUCAUGUAGUUAAAUAUCGGAGUUUUCAAUUUGAAUCAAUUAACUCUAAAACGAAUUAUUCAAACACAUAAGGAAAUUUUAUUCAAAAAAGUCUAAGUUAGAUACUGAAAUAUUUAAACCGUCUCUAGAACACAAAGAUUUGGACUUUGAAAAAUCAUCAAACUUUUUGUUGUGUUUCAACUUCGUCUUUAAAAAAAAUGUUUUUGGUUAACUUUAGCGUUUUUAAAAAAACUUGAUUUGAUAGAAAAAUUCGAAAGCGAAAAUCGAAUUCAGGGCAACUCAAUUCUUUAAAAAGGUAUUCUUAUGUCAACCAGUGUUAUUGAACUUAAGACCUGGUCGUUUCUGAAAAAUAAAAGGACUAUGUAAAAAAAGGUAUAUAAAUUAAGACCCAUAUUCCAGGAGGCAGAAGUUUUGUCUAUGAUUGUCCCAAAAAUAAAAUAGAUCUAUUAAAAAAGUUUGAAUGACGUGAGUUUACGACACUGAUUCUUGUUGUUUCAGCCAUUUCGCAAUGUUGUAAAAUUUAAUAGGGUUUUGUUGGUUACUGAGCCAAUAUAUUUAUUUAUUUACAGUUUGAUUUUUUAAUCAAGUGACAUUUUUCAAAAACAACUGCAUUAUUGGCCCAGCCAUAAGGGCCUUGUCUCAAGUAAUUGGAAGAAAUUAAAAGAUUCGGGUCUUAAAAUAUUAAUUAUACAAAGCAAAAGAAGAGUUCGAAAAAUGCAUUGCACUUCAAUUUUAUUUUUAAUUUGAUUUCUUAAUUAAUUAAGAUUUAAAAAUAACAAAUUAAGGCAUCAUUUUAUAAAAAUAUGGCGAUUUCAACAAUUUUGUUCAAUCACUUUGUUUACAUAUUUGGCUUAUUAAAUUAUUAUGAGCGAGAAGACUUAAAAUCGGCAAAGCAGAAAAAAAGGAUGAGAGAAAAAGAGAAAAAGAAGAAAUAACAAAAUUAUAUAUUGUAGACAGAAAAAUACAUAAGUAAUAAUUGAAGAUGAAUACCUAAGUAUACCAACCAAACUCAAUUUAACUUAUAUAAAAAUAAUAAUAAUAAUGUUUUUUGCCUAAAACAUUUAUAACUAUAUAUUCAACGUGUACAAUCGACUUCUGAACUUUUAUUAACACUACAAAAAUAUUUUAAAUUAUAGAUUUAUUAUUGCAAUUCAAAACAAAAAAUAAUAACAUCUUUAAUAUUUUAUGUAUUUAAAUAUAUAUUUCAAGAAACAAAAGUAUUAAAAAUGUAAAGAAGAACAAAGAAACAAAAUAAAUAUAUAAUGUAAAAUGCAAUUCUAUACCUCCAUUUAAAAGCUUGAUAAAAAAAACAACAACAAUAUUUAUUUACAUAUUUUUAAUAUUAAAUAAACAAAACAAACAAUUUUUACUUAACAGCAAGUUUAAUGCAUUAUGCGCACAAAACAAAAUAAACAAUAAAACUAAAACGAACCUCAUAUUGGUUACAGAGAAAUUAUGAAAACUGUUAUGAAAAAUAAUAUUUCUAUUUAAAUAAAAACAAACAAUUUAACCAAUAAUGCAAUGUUUUUCUCGAUUUAUAAACAAAACAAAUAACUUUAAACAAAAACAAAAACAAAAUAAAUAAAAAUGAAAAUGAAAACGAAAACAAUUUUAACCCAAGCGCCUUUGUAUUUGUUAACAUACAUUAUGGGAAAAAACAAAAUAAACUAAUUAAUAAAUUAAUUGAAAAACAGCAAUAAAAUGUUUAACAAAAAAAAACAAAAGAGAGCAACUAAAAGACGAAUAUUAAACUAGAAACUUUUAUAAAAACGAAAAAUAAUGUUGAUAAAAAACAAAUUAUUAAAAAACUCUUAAAAAACUUUUUCAAGUGGACGCACUGUUAAUAACUAUAAUACACAGUUAAACAAAAAUAAAAUAUAUUAUUAACAAACAAUGAAGAAAACAUAACUUAUUUCCCUUGACAUUUUUUUCUGUAAAUUAUAUUACUUAUUUCUGUCUAAUUUUCUUGACAAAAUAUUUAUUUUUAUGUGUGUCAAUUAUUACAAUAAUAAAUAAUAAUUAUAACAAAAAACAAUUGAUGGUUUCAUAAAUAAUUUUGAAAUCACCAUGUUGCCAUUAUCACUUAUUAAUGAUAAUUCCAAGAAAAUACACUUUUAUUAGUCUAUCUUUUUUAAAAUAUUUAUUCAGAAGUGAAAAAUAUAUGUUUUUCUUUUUGGAUAUGCUUUGUAUAAAAAUAAAAAAGUCAAAAUUUGUUAUUAGAAAAUCGUACUCGUCAUAGGAUUGGCAAUUGGAUUUCUAAACGUAAUUACUUUUUUUUCCCAGGUAAUUACCACAUUAAGUGCAAUCAUUAUUAAUUAAUAAUGCAAAUAUUGUAUUCUAAACAAAAAACUAAUAAAAAGGAAAUAUUUCUUAUUUAAGACA